AUGGAAACUGAUGUUGCUUGCCAGCUGUUUAAGGAUGCUCCACAAACCAAAGUGAAAUAUUCAAGUUAUGUUGGGGAUGAUGAUAGUACAACACUUUCUGAGUUAGUAAAACAACAACCUCCAUACGAGUUACAGAAGUUUUCCGACAUCAUAUAUAUUAAACGAUCACUUGGUACCAAACUAUACAACGUUAGCCAGAGAAUGAAGUUUCCAAAUUGUUCAGUAUUAUCUCAGAAGGUGAUCAAUUAUCUCCAAAAGUGCUUUUUACAUUGUAUAAAUCAAAAUAAGGACAACCCAGUACAAUUAUCGAAAGAAGUAAAAACCAUAAUCCCACAUGCUUUUGGUGCCCAUUCUGACUGUAACCCAACAUGGUGUAGAUUCCUUCAAGAUCCUAUCGGUUAUACACAUCACAAAUUGCCAUAUGGUAAAGACUUGCAAUUAGCACCAUGCUUGAAUUCACAAGGAAGUGAGUCACUAAAUGAAACAAUUGGCUAAAAAAAAUCCAAAAAUUAGAUACUAUGGUGGCAGUGAGAGUAGCAAUUUUCGUGUUGCGUGUGCUGUUGCUCAGAGAAAUGAAGGUCACCAAUACAUCAGUAAAAUCUUAGAGUCACUUGGAACAGCACCAGGUUAUUAUUGUAACAUCUAUCACACAAAUCUAGAUAAAAAAAAAACAAAACAAGACAAGCAUAAGGCAAAACCAGAAUUCAAAAUCAAAAGAAGAAAGCUAUUUCAAGAUAAAUGUUCAAAGCAAACAAAGAAGGAAUCGAAAGAUAAUGCACCAUAUGAGUCAAAUAUUGGAUUAAACCUGGAACAUAGCAAACCAUCACAGGGAAAGGAAAAUGAGCAUCUCACAAUACUAAAGGAUGUCGAUUUGGCUAAAGCAACUAUAACUACCUUUCCAGUAUUUUCUAUCUUUAAUAAGGCUUCUUGGCAAUCUUGGGAUAAAGUCCACUGGUUUGCAUUGCUGAAGACUUUCAUGUACAUCAAAGAUCUUGGUCCCAAU